AAAAUAAAAAGGAAAAUGAUAUGUUAAGAGAAAACUUUUUGAGGUUGAUGAGUUCUUUUUGGAUUUGAACCUCUCAAAAGUGUUUUUUUUUUUUAAGCUCAAUGUGAAAGACCUUCUUUCAUUUUCUCUGCAGCUCUUAUCACCUUGUGAGUAUCACCACAAUUUGUUUUUUCCUUUCUUUCAAGUUCUCAACUUUUGGAGUUUAGUGUCUUUGCUAGAUUUGGUUGGAUUUGUAUGUUUUUUUGGAAGUUUAUGAUGCCAGAAAAGGUUUUAACUUCGAUUCCUAUGCAUCAAUGGCGAAUUGGGUUACUCACUGUUUUGGUUCUAUUUGGAAUGUUCAUUGUUUGGAGCAUUGAUGGAUGCACUGUUAAGAAUGUUUUUCAAGGUUUAAGGUAUCGUCGUUCACAUUAUCUUGCUCAUGUUUCUCCUACUACUUUUAAUCUUUCACAUCAAGAUUUGUUUCCUGUUAGUUUAGAAGAUCAAAACCAACCCAACAAUACCCAUGUUUCUUCUGUUAAUGUUACUUUAGCUCAAAAACUUGAUAAAAACCUAGAAAGUUUUGAUCUUGUUAAGAAUAAUGUUGCAACUUGGGUUCAAAGUGAAUUAGAGCUUAAUUUGACGACAAAUCUUUUAGCAAGAUGGUUAGCUAAGGGAGGUGAACCUUGUAAAGAUUCUAAGACUGUUGAGAUUUCAAUUCCUGGGUUGGAUUUGGAUGGUGGGAAUUUGAUUGAGUUAUCAGCUGGUGAUAUACAUGAAUUUGGUUUUCAAGCAUUGGAUGAUUCGGGGAAGUCUCGAUGUUUAGGUGGUGAUUACUUUGAGACUAGUCUUUCGGGGGAAUCGUGGAAAUCUAGGCCGUUGGUGAAAGAUUUUAGUAAUGGAUCUUACUCGAUUUCACUUCAAGUUCAUCCUGAUUUUGUUGGGGUUUAUAAUCUUACUAUUAUCUUGCUUUAUAGACACUUUGAAGGUUUGAAGUUUACUCCAUGGAGAUUUGUUUACGAUCGAAUGGUUCGUAGUAUUGCAAUUAGAUUCUAUAAGGAUGAUAUUUUGAUACCGGAGCUGCAGAGUUGCAAGGCUGCUGAUUUUGAAAGGGAUGUUUGGUGUGGAAGGUGGACAAGGCAUGGCAGGAAUGAUGACUGUGUCAUUGGUAAUGACGGUAGAUACCGAUGCCUAGCAUGGAAUUUUCCUUGCAAAUCUCCCUGGUGUGAUGGUUCAUUAGGAGCUUUGGAGAGUAAUGGUUGGGUGUACUCGACGCAUUGCUCAUUCAAGAUGUAUUCAGCUGAGCCUGCUUGGAAUUGCUUGAAGAAUCGAUGGAUUUUCUUCUGGGGCGAUUCAAAUCAUGUUGACACGAUACGUAAUAUGCUCAAUUUUAUUUUAGAUUUGCCUGAGGUACAUUCUGUCCCAAGAAGAUUUGACAUGAAUUUUUCAAACCCAGCCGAUCCGUCUCAAACUGUUAGGAUUACAAGCAUCUUCAAUGGUCAUUGGAAUGAAACACAAAACUAUCUAGGGCUGGAUUCACUGAGAGAUGAGGGCUUUCAAAACUUGUUGAAGAAAUACUUCUCAGAAGACACAGUACCAGACACUGUGAUCAUGAACUCUGGCUUGCAUGACGGUGUCCACUUUCGUAGUAUACGAGCAUUCUCUGUGGGAGCAGACUAUGCAGCAUCUUUUUGGGCAGAUGUUAUGAAGACAGUGAGGCAAAGGGGAUUGGCACUGCCAAGAGUGUUUUACCGGAAUACGGUCGCAACCGGUGGAUAUGCAAGAUCACUAGCAUUUAAUCCUAACAAGAUGGAUGUGUUCAAUGGUGUUUUCUUAGAGAAACUAAAGCAAACGGGCAUUGUCUCCGGUGUGAUUGAUAACUUUGAUAUGACAUUUCCGUGGCAUUUUGAUAACCGAUGUAACGAUGGAGUUCAUUAUGGAAGGGCUCCGGCAAAGAUGAAGUGGAAAGAUGGUCAAAUUGGUCAUCAAUAUUUUGUGGACCUCAUGUUAGCUCAUGUUCUUCUCAAUGCACUGUGUGCAAGAUAGCCAUGCAUCUUUUGUUAGAAGAGAUUAUAUGAACUUGAAGACUAUUGAGGUAGUGUUCACUUGGUUACACGUUUGCAUUUUAUGAAAAAUUAGGGUUGAUAUUCUUUCUUGCUCAUAUAUUUUUUUGUUAGCAUUAGUCAUGAAUCAUGCAUUCAUGAUGAGAUUGUUCCAUUUGUAGAUUAAUACAGAGGAUUUUAACUCCUCAAAACACAUUUUACUACUAUCAUAAUUCAAAGGCUAUUCUUUUUGUUUGCAUA